AUGCCACUGCAAAAUGCCUCCUGCUUGGGCUCUGCGUCCCUCCGAAGCCCGCACCGUGAAGCGACGGGAAAAAAAGACAAAGAAAAAACAUGCACUUUUGUUCACUGCGCCCAGCAUUUGAAUUAUGAUGGGCAUUCUACUGCACGCUCACACAUACGCAAUGCAAACGAUAUGAGUUCGGCAGGCACAUUCUACGACAACUGGUCUCUUGUAGCGAACGCAAGCAGCUGUAGAAGCAGUCUUUGGGGCCCUGCAGUCACCGCACACCUCAUGAUGGGUGGUGGCAACUCGUUGGGUGGGUCGGCAGAAAAACAGCACAAACAGUGCCUGUUUCUUCCCAACAUGUUGUACUUCAAAAACGCAUAA